CUCCGCCGUCUCCGCCGGCGCUCCGCCCUCCCUCCGGGCGUCUGCGCGCUCUUCUGGGGACGCGUCUCCGUUCCCCGGCAACCCGGCGGCCGCCAAUGGCAGCUCGGCGCCGGAGUCACGCGGGCCCGUCAUGGCGGCCCGGGGACGGGGAGCCCGGCCGCCGGGACCCUGCAGACGCCCCAACUUCCCGGAGCAUGGCGUCCGCGGCGGCCAGCGGCUCGCGGCGGAGCCCCGACGAGCUCCGCCCAGAGCUCGGCUCGCAGGAUGAGGACCGCGGUUCCGAGGACCCGGACAGCGACUGGGGUUCGGACACCUCCGCCGGCAGCGACUCUGCUGAUCUAGAGCCUGAGUGGCUUGACAGUGUGCAAAAAAGUGGUGAGCUGUUUUAUUUGGAAUUGAGUGAAGAUGAAGAAGAAAGCGUUUUUCCUGCUACAUCAACCGUGAACCAUGUCAGAUUCAGUGAAAAUGAGAUUAUCAUUGAGGAGGAGGAUUACAAGGAAAGAAAUAAGCAUGAACCCAAACUCAAACAAUUUACUAAAAUUUUAAAAGGUAAAAGACUUUUAUCCAAGUGCUACAAUAAAAAAAAUAGCAAUGAUCAUGGGCCAGUAUCCAUUCUAAAGCAUCAGUCCAAUCAGAAGGCAGGUAUCAUUGUCCAACAGCGGUAUAAAGAUGUGAAUAUUUAUGUAAAUCCCAAAAAAUUAACUCUCAGCAAAGCCAAAGAGCAGCUUAAACUUCUGGAAGUACUGUUUGGAAUUAUCCAUCAGACCAAGUGGAGCUGGAAAAGAACUGGAAAGCAGGGCAAUGGAGAGAGGCUUGUGGUACAUGGCCUAAUGCCUGGAGGAUCUGCUAUGAAGAAUGGACAGAUAUUAAUUGGUGAUGUCCUUGUUGCUGUGAAUGAUGUUGCUGUGACCUCUGAAAACAUAGAGAGAGUUCUAUCUUGUAUUCCUGGGCCCAUGCAGGUAAAAUUGACAUUUGAAAAUGCAUAUGCUGUGAAAAAGGAAGCUAUCCAACAAACAAAGAAAAAGAAACAGUCAAGCACAAGUGAUUUAGUGAAGUUCUUCUGGGAAGAGGAGGUUGAAAGCGUCCAGCAGAAUACUCUAAAUUCUCCACAUAUCGUCAUGUAUCUCACACUACAGAUUGACUCAGAAACAUCAAAGGAAGAGCAGGAAAUUCUGUAUCAUUAUCCAAAGUCUGAAGCAUCUCAGAAACUUAAAAGUGUGAGAGGGAUUUUUCUCACACUCUGUGACAUGCUGGAAAAUGUAACUGGGACACCAGUUACCAGUUCAUCCCUCCUUUUAAAUGGGAAGCAAAUUCAUAUAGCUUACUUAAAAGAAUCGGACAAGUUGUUGAUAAUUGGCCUACCUGCUGAAGAAGUUCCUCUUCCCCAGCUAAAGAAUAUGACAAAAGAUGUUGCCCAAACCUUAAAAUUUAUAUAUGCUUCUUUAGAUGGUGCCUUUUGUCAGGUUGAGAACGUUCCUUGUUUGGAUGAUUUUUUCUACUUGUUCUUUCAAAGAGCACUUCACUGUGCUAAACUACAUUCCAGUGUCUCUCCCAGUGCUCAACAAUAUGACGUUUCUAGUUCAGUGCUUCUAGACAACCUCCCUGGAGUUCGGUGGCUCAUACUUCCACAGGAAAUCAAGAUGGAAUUAGACACAGCAUUAAGUGACCUGGAGGCUGCAGAUUUUUCAGAACUGUCUGAAGAUUACUAUGACAUGAGACGGCUAUAUACAAUUUUGGGCUCUUCUCUAUUUUAUAAGGGUUAUUUGAUAUGCAGUCAUUUGCCUAAGGAUGAUCUUGUUGAUAUUGCUAUAUACUGUCGCCACUAUUACUUGCUGUCUUUAGCAGCAAAACAAAGAAUAGGUCAGUUGAUAAUAUGGAAAGAAGUAUUUCCUCAACAUCACCUCCAACAUUCCACAGACUCAAAUUCUGAAGUCUUUCAAGAACCUGAAGGGAGAUACUUUUUACUAAUCGUUGGACUGAAACAUUAUAUGUUAUGUGUACUAUUAGAAGCUGGAGGCUGUUCAUCCAAAGCUAUUGGAAAUCCUGGCCCAGACUGCAUAUAUGUAGAUCAAGUCAAAACAACUCUUCAUCAGCUGGAAGGAGUAGAUUCUGAUAUAAAUGAACAGCUUACAUCUUCUUCAAGCCCCUGUUUGUCCUGUGCUGACUGGUUCCUUACUGGACCACAUGAAAAAGCAGAUAGUUUGACUACUUCUCCUAUCCUUAGUAGGCUGCAAAGUACUUCUAAAGCAGCAACUCCUCCAUCAUGCAGAAAAACACUUUUUGGUGACUCUUCCUUAAAGACACGGAAGCCCAGUCCUUCCCGAAGCAGUGGAGGACUUGAUCAUGGUUGUGAAGGUGAAGAAGGUGUUACUUCUAAUGUGCACACUACAUCAGAUGUGGUAUGGAAGCAAAGAGAAUCUCAGGGAUCUGGUGGUUCAGAAGAAAGUGGAGCCUUGCUUAAGAUCACUAAAAAGAAGUCUACUUUUCCAAAUCCAUUUCAUUUGGGAAAUUUGAAAAAGGACCUUUCAGAGAAAGAAUUGGAAGUAUAUAAUACCAUGAAAUUAACAUCUGGACCUGAGAAUACACUUUUCCACUAUGUUGCCUUUGAAACGAUGCAAGGAAUUUUCAUUACUCCUACUCAUGAAGAAGUGGCUCAGCUAAGUGGCUCAAUCCACUCUCAGCUAAUAAAGAAUUUUCAUCAGUGUUGUCUCUCUAUCCGUGCAAUUUUCCAACAGACAGUGGUAAAAGAGAAAAAGAAAGCAUUAAAUGGUGGAGAUCAUUCAAAUUCUACGAAUUCUGCAGUGUCUUCUCUUAGCCCUGUGAAAGAAUAUGGUGUGUUGUUUGAAUGCUCUCCUGAAAACUGGACUGAUCAGAAAAAAACACCACCAGUUAUGGCUUACUGGGUAGUGGGGAGACUCUUUCUUCAUCCAAAACCUCAGGAACUUUAUGUCUGCUUUCAUGACUCAGUCACAGAAAUUGCCAUUGAAAUGGCUUUUAAAUUGUUCUUUGGCUUAACCUUGUAGCUCUGCUUUUGUAUACAAUAACACAUGGGGUAUGGAAAAUGUUGAAAGGCCGAAUUCAACAUGUAGAGAUAAGGUUUACUUCUUUUCACUGUUCCAUAAUUGAAUAUAAUGUUAAGUAUUGAGAUGAAAUGGUUUGUAUUAAUGUAUCAAAUUUAGGUAGAACUGAAAGACUUCAGAUACUUGUUGAAUAUAUGAACAAGGGGUAAUUUACUGCUAUGUUGAUAUAUAAUGUUAAUUUAUUCACUACUUUGAAAUG